UCACCAGCUUCCUCGUCUCGGCUCUCUUGAUUCAGAAUCACACAGAGACAAACAUCUCCUCUCUCUUUUCUCUCUCUCCGAAUCUCUUCGAUACCAAACCUAUAAAAGCCCCCACCCUUUCAAUAAAUUUUCCCCACUUCGAUCCCUUACGCUCUGUCUUCUUCUCCCUCAGCGAGAUCUUUCGGCUCUUGGGUCCUCCGAAAUACCGGUUCUUGAUUUCGUGUGUCCGUGGUGCCACUUGAAUUCUUGAACCUGUUGGUUCGGAUCCGACCCAUCUGGUCCCAGAUCCGCAACGGGUCGAGUGAUCUCGAGGAACUAGUAACUGGGUUGGUUUGAUUCUUCCCCAACUCGUCCUGAUCGGCGGAGACUAACAGGGAGGAGAUCAAUCUUAAGUUGUACAGCUAGGGUUAAGAGGGAUUUGCUGAAUUUCUCUGGGUGUAAGAGAGGGUUUGCGAUUCGUUUGGUUGGCGUGUGAGAGUUACACUUGGGGAAGAGUGAAGGAAUUGAAAUUUUUUCUGUAAUGGCCGAACAAGUAGAGGGGCUUGAAGGGAGCCAACCGGUGGAUCUCACCAAGCAUCCCUCUGGCAUUGUUCCCACCCUCCAGAACAUAGUCUCAACUGUCAAUCUGGAUUGCAAGUUGGAUCUUAAAGCUAUUGCGCUGCAAGCUCGGAAUGCUGAGUAUAACCCAAAGCGUUUUGCUGCAGUCAUCAUGAGGAUUAGGGAACCAAAAACGACAGCUUUGAUUUUUGCUUCUGGAAAGAUGGUUUGCACCGGGGCGAAAAGUGAACAACAAUCAAAGUUGGCAGCAAGAAAGUAUGCAAGGAUUAUCCAAAAGCUUGGGUUUCCUGCCACAUUUAAGGACUUUAAGAUUCAGAACAUUGUUGGCUCCUGUGAUGUGAAAUUUCCGAUCAGACUUGAAGGUCUUGCAUACUCUCACGGUGCCUUUUCAAGCUAUGAGCCUGAACUCUUCCCUGGUCUAAUAUAUCGCAUGAAACAACCCAAGAUAGUGCUCUUAAUUUUCGUUUCGGGGAAGAUUGUACUUACUGGGGCAAAGGUGAGGGAUGAGAUUUACACUGCCUUUGAAAACAUAUACCCCGUCCUCACCGAGUUCAGGAAGGUCCAACAAUGAUCUCUGAAAUGGGUAUAACUCUGUCUGGCAGAAAUUCUCGGGGCAAAAUAUAUUUUUCAUCUGCCGUGAGACGAAGUAGUUUCAAGUGUAAAUACUCGAAGAGAAGAGGAGCAGAGGUGGUCCAUCCUUGAAAGGAUUGACUCGAGAAUUUGAAGUCUUUUGGGGUCUCUGUGGGUCGAACCAUAGUUGCACUACAGUGGGUUCUCUGAAAAUUUUGUUGUAAUUAGUUAGCUAUGGUUGAGAGGCAUGUGCAAAAUGGAAAGAUGUUUAGAUGGUCAUCCUUUCGUGAAUGAUUAUCGUUUGAGGAGUA